GUUUGAGAAUAUAUUUAAAUUCUUCAUCAAUCGAAGUUGAUUCAGUUUCCUUUUUCCCCUCGUCCUCCUAACCGGCUACGAAUAUCGCACGAAUUUGUUUCCACCGGAUUAGUAAAAGUCAAGUUGUACCGGCAUGACCUUGUCUGGUUUACAAACCCCCGAGAGCGCCAGUUGGUUCGGGAGACCCUAAAAACCGGGCCGAGAAGUUUUAGAAACCUGUUUUAAUCAGUUGCAUAACGUAACGUGACGGUCCCCGGGACGAACGACGGAUUGGCUGCGAGCGAAGAACUUAAGUUAGUACGAUCUUAACGCUGCCUCCGGUUGGAUGGUAAUUAAAGUGACUGCUUUGAGUGAAGGCCUGCUUUGAGUGCGCUGAGGCUUAGGCUAGUGGGUGGAAGUGUUUACCUUUUUUUUGGUUUGCUACCAAUCUGCCAUGGAGGAAGGUGUUGCGACGGACAGUGUUGCGCUGGAAGCGAUGGAAAAGUUAGGUCCGCGGGAAAAGUGGCGCAUUAUGAAGAAUAUUGCAGUGCUUGGGAUUGCCUUCAUGAUACACUUUACCGCAUUUCACGGGACAUCAAAUCUUCAGAGCUCGCUGCACAAUGACGGUUCCCUGGGAGCGUACACCUUGGCCUGCAUCUACGGAUCAUUGAUUCUGUCCAACCUGUUCCUGCCUGUGUUGGUGAUAAGGCUUCUGGGAUGCAAGUGGACGAUCGUGGUUUCGUUCGUUGCCUACAUGCCGUACAUUGCGGCACAGUUUUAUCCGAGCUUUGGCACACUCAUACCGAGCGGUUUGGCCGUAGGAUUCGGUGGUGGACCACUGUGGUGUGCCAAGUGUACGUACCUUUCGAUCAUAGCGGAAGCCUUCAGUAUCUCCACCCGGCGGAAGGUUCGCACGGACUAUCUGAUCGUGAAGUUCUUCAGUCUGUUCUUCGUGUUCUACCAGCUGGCACAAGUGCUGGGCAAUCUGAUAUCGUUCACCGUACUUUCCUACGGGGAGGUUGAAUCGGUGGUGAAUGGAACUGUUGACGCGAGCAUUAAUAUAUCGGUUACAUGUGGCGCAAACUAUGCUGCACCAAUUCACCAGCAGGCAAAGAGUGCAAUUGACCUCAAACGACCCGAACCGGAGCAGCUGAACCGAUUGACCGGUAUCUUCCUGGCGUGUAUGGUGGGUGCGUGUGUUUCCGUUGCGUUGGGUGUUGAUUCCCUUAAAAGAUACAAUAUGGCACGCAAAGGGCCCGAGAAUAGAAUAUCCGGUAUGAACACACUCGUGAUUACCUUGCGGCAGCUUAGUCACCGAUAUCAGCUGCUGCUGCUUCCCAUCGUAGCGUUCAUCGGCGUAGCACAAGCCUUCAUAACGGCCGAUUUCACAAAGUCAUUUGUGGCCUGUGGGCUUGGUAUCAGCUACAUUGGUUACGCGAUGAUAAGCUACGGGCUGGCGAAUACGGCUGCAGCCGCUUUAACCCCGUACGUCACGAAACAUUUGGGCCGAAAGUUGCUCAUUCUGCUGACGUUCGUUUUCCACGCGGCUCUGAUCGUUUUCAUGCUGUUCUGGACACCGACGAAUGAAUAUUACAAGUAUUCCAUCAUUGUCGCCUGCUGGGGUUUGGCCGAUGGUGUCUGGUUGAUUCAAAUUAAUUCACUGAGCGGUAUUUUGUUCCCGGGAAAUGAAGAGGCUGCGUUCAGCAACUUUCGACUGUGGGAAGCGUGCGGUUCCGUCGUGAUGUACUCAGCCAGUUCAUUUUUUCCCACCUUCCACAAGCUGCUGUUUGUGCUGGGAAUAAUGACUGUAGGCACAAUAGGAUAUGGAACGAUCGAAUUUAUGGAGUAUCGAGCGAAGCGCAUCGAUCAGGAAAAGCGGUUUGAAGUCGUUAGCCAAGAACCGAACGACAGUUAAAUAAGUGAAUUUAUUUUGUUCCCCCCCCAAAUUGUUCCUCCUUUUCCUGUUUAGGCAAGUGCAGAAAAUAAUAAAGUUAACGAUUUACACGAGAA